UGUGUUCGUAAUGAUUUCUUUAUCGUUGCUAAGUAAGUAAUAAAUCCAGAGGUGCUCGAAUGAAAGUUCACGAGACUUCACCGAUAUUUGUUCACUUCCUGUGAAAUUUCGAGCGGAAGUAUAAGUGUUCGGAUAAUAUUCUCAAAAUACGUCAGUCGAGUGUUGAAAGUGAAUAAACAUCAUUUACCUAUCAGCAGCGCAUCGGGGACGUGUAUAUAAAUAUACAAGCGACGCCGGGUUUUCUUUUUUUCUCAAAAAGGCUUCAUCCACCAACCAUGAAGUUUGACGACAUCCUGGUCAGGGUCGGCGAGUUCGGUUUCUACCAGAAGCGGCUCUACCUGAUUCUGUGUAUACCCGCCAUCAACGUGGGCUGCUACAUGAUGAUGCUGGUCUACACUAUGCAUACACCUGAUCACAGAUGCAAAAUCCCAGGCUAUGACAACGAUACUUUUUUGGAGCAAAGCGACUACCACAGGCAACUGAUCAAUAUGUCCAUUCCUGAUCCCGACGACCCGGAUUCGAUUUAUAAAUAUGACAGGUGUCAUAUAAUACAGUACAAGUCUAACGUUUCCUCGCAAGUCAAGUGCACGGAGUGGGUGUAUGACAAGUCCGUAUUUCAGGAAACUUUUGCAUCAAAGGUGAACCUGGUGUGUGACGAUUCACUCAAAACCUCCCAUGCUCAGAUGAUUUUCUACUUUGGGGUUUUAGCGGGAGAUGUUGGAUUCGGAAGUCUCGCAGAUGUGAUCGGUCGAAAGAAGGCUCUGGUAAUUUCUGCCGUGCUCCAGGUGUCGGCUGCUGUGAGUGUGGCCUUCGUGUCCAACUAUUACGUCUUUGUCGUCCUGAAUUUCCUCGUGGGAGCGGCGUGUCACGGGGUCUUCGUGCCAGCCACCGUACUGAGCGUCGAGUUCGUGGGGCCCUCCAAAAGGGUGAUGACGGGGAUUCCCAUUCACAUGUUCUUUGCCGUGGGGUUGGUGUAUCUGGCGGGGGUGGGUGCCCUCGUCCGCCAUUGGCAGUACCUACAACUGGCCGUGGCUGUCCCAUGUAUUGUCUACGUCUUCUACUGGUGGAUAAUCCCCGAGUCUCCACGCUGGCUCCUGUCCCAGGGCCGUCUGGAAGAGGCAGAGGAGAUCAUACAGGAAGUGGCCAAAAAGAACGGCGUAAAAGUGACCGGGAACCUAAUAGUAGGCGAGAAAAUAGAAAUCCCGAAAGGGGAGAGAAUUUGGCAUGUCUAUAAACACAAAGUGUUGCUGGUGCGGGGCAUGAUUCUGUUCUUUAACUGGAUUGUGAUUGCAAUGGACUACUAUGGAGUGACAAUGCAUAUCGGAAACCUAGGAGGCAACUUCUAUUUGAACCAGUUCAUUCUAGCGGUGGUGGAGUUUCCGGCCAAAAUAGGGUCCAUGUUGCUACUUAACAGAAUAGGAAGACAGAAGUUACACUGCCUAAUCAUGUUCAUAGGUGGUGCCGCACUAUUGUGUACAAUAUUCCCAGUCCUUUACGGCAAAGAAGAACUUCAGAGCUUGACAUUAGUCCUAUCCAUGAUAGGGAAAAUGGGGUCCGCUGCGGCCUUUGGGGUUAUCUAUAUAUACACAGCCGAGCUGUACCCGACCGUCGUCCGUAACGGAGCGAUGGGGACCAGUUCCUGUAUAGCUCGCUUUGGCGGAAUGGCGGCGCCUUACAUAGCUUCCACUGGUGAUUUUGUAAGCGGCAAAUUCGGGCUGGCGUUGCCAUUGGUGAUAUUUGGUGGAUCUUCAGUCACAGCCGGACUUCUCACCCUGAUGCUUCCAGAAACCCUGAACCGAAAACUACCGGAGACGAUUCAAGAUGGAAUCGACUUUGGAAAAAAGAAAUUUGACCUUGUCAUGAUGAAGAAGGUAUCCAAGUCAAGCAUUCCUGAGAAUCCGGCGUCCUCAGAGCAAGAGGAAGCCAAGGAAAAUGCAGCCAGGCAGAGAUUCUAAGUACUCAAGUUUAUUUGUUGUGUACAAUAUUUGUUUUCAUUUAUUAUUAGUCUGAAAAUAUUCCAGUAAUGUUUUUCUUCACUUUUCCAAGGGAAUAAAUUUUAUUAUUAUUA